GUGUCUUUUCUCAGUCGAAUAAUUUGCUUGCUUGUCCCGAAAGUCGGAGGGUGGAAAAGAAACCAGAGCGAAACAUAGAAGCGAGGAAGAGAAGAAGAAGGAAGAAAUAUGGAGUCUCCGAAGAAGAUAGCUCACGUGAUCGGUGGUGUCAACAACGACGCUCUUCGAUUUGGUCUGCAGGGCGUUAAGAGCGACAUCGUCGGAUCUCACCCACUCGAAUCUUCUUACGAAUCUCAAAAGAAAUCGCAAGAGGCGACGAAGAAGACGAUCAUUGCGCACACCUUUGGGGCUGCACUUCCAUUGAAGAUGGACAUGGACAGGCAAAUUCUCUCACGGUUUCAGAGACCUCCUGGACCAAUUCCUUCGUCGAUGCUCGGUUUAGAAGUCUACACAGGAGCUGUGGACAGCUUUGGUUUUGAGGAUUACUUGAAUGAUCCUCGUGACUCGGAGACAUUCAGGCCAGUAGAUUUCCACCACGGGAUGGAAGUUCGUCUUGGCAUCUCAAAGGGUCCGGUUCCCUCAAGUUUCAUGUAAUGCCUUUCAAAGAUGGUUUUAUUGGUUGUUGUUCCGUCUUACGCUUUUGAAUGAUGAAUCAAUUGAGAUAUUGUAUGAACUUGUUUCGACAUUAGUCUUCUCUUCUCUCUUCACCUGACUCCUAAGUUUGAAAUCGGAUGAGUCUCAGACAACUAUGAAACUGAAUGAUCAGACAAAGGUUUUGUGAAACUAAAGUUGUCAUCAGAUGAAAGAAUCAUCAUGUAUUCCACUCAGAUUGUAAAGCAAUGACUAUUAUUAGAAAUCAGAGA